UCAUAUAACCAAUCAUGUAGUCAUGUUUUAUCUGUAAACAUCACAUUGUAAUCUGUUGCAGGGUAUGAGCUGAUGAAAAUGCCUCAGAAAACCAAGAAGAAAGGGAAAGGGGAUAAAGCUGUAGAUAUAUCAGCUCUGAAAACAUUCCUGAAAAGAUAUGAAAAUUAUUGUGCUGAAAGUCAGUCAUUUGUAAGCCCUACCAUAACCCAUUCCCUCAAAAAACGUAUCCAAGAUGGGUCUCGAUACCUCAGGAUCAUCCUGUCCGGUCCCGAGAGCUCCUCCCAAGGUUCCUCUCCAGUUUUAUUAAGACCACUAUUGAUGACCAUACGGGAUGAGCGAUAUAUGCUUGCGACAGACUUGUGCUUAUGGGGAGUUCCGCUCAGUAACCAGGAUGUUGCUAGUCUUGCUAUACUACUAGAGUUACGAGGGAGAACUUCAUAUCCAUUUAUAAAACUAGAAGUCAUAGAUUGUGGCAUCGAUGUGUGGUCAGUGGAAAGGUUGGGGAAAGCUGUCCAGUUCAGCCAGUUAACAUCCAUAACACUGGAUCACAAUGAGGUCCGAGAUGAAGGAAUCCAGGGUCUUAUCCAAGGUCUUGAAGGAAACACAAAACUGGUGUCUCUUAGUCUAUGUUAUUGUAACCUGGGCCCCCCAAGUGGAACACUACUGGGUAAUCUCUUGGCACAAUCUGCCAUCAGUGAACUGUAUCUCACUGGAAACUACUUGCAGUGCUCUGGGGCAGUGGAUCUCAUCACUGCAGUAGCAGAAUAUGCCCAGGAACAAACAACAGAAAAGCCACCGGAGGAGACAAUCAGUCUGGGCCAUCAGAUCUUGGAAGCACACGGCCAAUCUGGGAUUCACACAAUGAUCUCCGGACAGCCCACAGCAGUGGAAAGGCCUGCAACAUCACCUGACAGACGUUCUGACAAAGGGAAACGCAAGAAAAGAGGGAGAAAGAGAAAGGAUAAAGCAGCACCUCCUGGGCCCUGGGUGAGCAAACUGCACCUGGAUAACAAUGAUAUCGAUGCCAGAGGGAAGGAGGGAGAGACUGGGUUGCUGGAAUUUUCUCAGUUACUAAGUAGAGGAUGAGGACCUGGACAAUGUGAGGAGCCAAUGAUGUCCAAGCGUCAGACUCUGCAGAGAAGAUAUAGCUGGAAGAAGACCUGGUGCCUGGACCAACAGAGAAGAUGUCACUCAGGUCACUGAUAUCAUUGUGUAUUCUCCUGUCCCAUCAGAGCUGGAGUCACUUGUUAGUUCUGCAGUGAUGAUGGGUGACGCUGUACCCCAAUCUGUGGCUCUACAGCUGUUGCAAAACUACAACUUCUAUAAUACCUGAGGUUCUCCAGGCAUGAUGGGAAUUCUAGCUUUGCAACAGCUGUAGAGUCACUUGAAAUGAGGUGAUCGGUGGGGGUCCAAGCAUUUGGACUCCCACAAAACAAUGGUCUGCUUAUUCUAAAAGGCCUAUUUUUGGUCACAGUCCGGCCCUGCUGAAGUAUGUACAUUGACAAUGUUCAAAAAAGAUGUUUCUUGGCUCAAGCAAGAGCGAAUCAGGGGAGUGCUCCAAAGUUCUUUCGCAUUGAGAGUUUACUAUCCCAAAAAGAACCAUCCAACCAAAUGUAGUGUCCCAGAGCAGGAUCACCUUGUGUUAAUUCAAACUCUGUUCGGGUGGCUGUUGCUACUAAGAUUCAUGGUUCUGACUCAUGUCUUGUUGGGGUUAAUUGUGAGCAACCACAAUUCUAUGUAAAAGCUGAAUAGAAGUAACAUGUCCCCCGUCAGCCAAUAGAGGGCAAAGGAGAGUCUUGUCUCCAACCUAGUCCGCUGGGACUGGGAGGAGACCUAAAGUUACUUAGUUUCUUGCCUUAGCCAGUGAGCAACCACAUCUUUAGCCUGCAGCUCCCUCACACCCACAGUGUUGGGCUGACUCCAAGCCUGCUGUCCUCACCUCUUCAGUGAGGGUAUGCCUCCACCCACCAGAACAUGUUCCAGACACAGCUGCAACCUUACUGUGAUUCCUGCAGCUGAAGUGGAACCAGAAGUGGUGCUAAAGGCUAGGUUCAGACUACAGAAUCUCCGGGAGAUUCCGAGUGCGGCCAGCGCCGACUGAUUCAGCUAGGACCGUGCGGACACUGCAGUCUCCAAUAGACUGCAAUGUGUUCCGCGAGUAUUUCCACCUGAAGAAAGAGCAACACCAUUCUUCAGGCAGAAAUUUCUAAGCAGAUUUGUGGAAACCCAUUCACUACACUAUACAUUUUAGCAAGCAGAAUUUCAGACAUAAAUUCCGUAGUCUAAACCUAGCCUAAGUGGAACCAUAAGUGGCCAAGUGGCGCUUUAGGCCUAGAGCCCUAUAUCAACUGGGUGAAGAUACAGUACAGCAAUCGUCCAGAUUGUAUCUGUCUCUGCAAUGUACUAGCGUCUGGGGUCUCUCUGCUGAAUGCUCUCAGUUCAGUGGAUUCUCAGCUAUACUCAAGGAGAUGUAGAUGAGAGAGAGAGGGUCUGCAAGUAGCCAUGGACUGUCCCUAUGAAGACCCCGGCGGUGAGCCCUCUUAUUGAAACCCCACCAACUUAAAGGGGUAC